AAUCAAGCUGUCGACAAUUCCGCGCUGACAAACUCCGAUAUAUAAUCCGUGUACAAAGCACCGCAUACAAAAUAAACACUUUCAAUCAAAUCCACUUUACAGCCGUUUCAAUCACUCAGCUGCACUCACCCACAGAUACACAAUGGCAGACCCAAGUCUCUACACAUACCCAUCACCUCUCUCAGGCUACGAAGGUCUUGAGCCUCUCCCUGACGAGAAAGCCGCAGACGGCAAAUCCUUCGUCAACCCACCAGCCGCGCAAAAGAGCGAGGCAUAUACUUCUUUCGCCGCCCCAAUCACGAACGGAACUCGUGGAGGAUUCGAUGUGCACAUUUACUUCCUGCAGUCUGACACCGAGGAACUAAGCUUUGCUACCGCGCUAUGGGAGCGCAUACGGCGAGAAUUCCCCGAGCUACGCAUAUACAAAGUGUGGGACAAGCCGAUUGGGCCGCAUCCCGUGGGCAUGUUUGAGGUGAACAUCUUCACGCCAGAGCAGUUCGGGGCUUUUAUUCCCUGGUUGGUGAUCAAUAGGGGCCCGCUAUCGGCGCUGAUACAUCCUAACACGGAUGAAGAGGAGAGGGAUCACACGCAGAGGGCGACUUGGAUGGGAGCACCGCUGCCGCUAAGUCUGAAGCUGUUCAAGAGGAGACAGGCUGGAGCGUGAGGAGAAAGAGUAGGGCAGUGACUUGAGAUGAAUGAGAAUGGUCAUUUGGGAGUUGUAUAGUAUUUCGUGGGGGUAUGAUGCCCUGGAUUAGGGCUUUGUUGGCUCUCUAGAUUGCUGUCGUGGCAUAUCUUCUCCACUGCUUCCUUAAGACUAAUUACCUGUCUUGUAACUCUGACCUGUUCCUUUGCGCAGCUUGUACGGUACAUAAUGGCUGCGAAGCGCAUAUCGUGGUCUAUAGUUGGUAGUCGUCACUUCUCUGCGCACUCAAAAUGGCUGAUGAGAUGCU